AAACGUGAGACCCCAACUGAGAACCGCUUCAUUUCCUCCUUGUGCGACUGCUGCUUCUUAACCAGCAAGACGUCCUGGAAUGGCCGGCUCUUCCUCUUCAUCUGCGGCUCCUCCUCCCCCUCCUCCACCAGCAUAUGCGGUGAGAACAGAAGAGGCUCUGCUACGUGCGCCAGGAAGAAUUAA